UGUAGGGUCAGAGGAGACUCGAUAUCUGCUUUGAUUGACGCGAACACGCACACGUUGUGAGAUGGCGAACAUGGGUGGGAUGGGUAUGGGGGUAGGAAUGGGUGUGCAAGGGAUGGUGAGUCCUAACAUGGGGAAUCAGAAUAUGAGUCCGACCAUGGUUAAUCCUAACAUGGUCCCGAUGGGGUUGGGUGGUCAGCCGAAUAGCGCUGCCGCCUCACCAUUCGGAACAGUGACUUGCCACAUAUGUGGGAAAAACGAGCAUUAUGCUCGUAAUUGCUGGCAGGCGCAAGCGGUUGGAAAGCAAAAAAUCGAUGAGGAGACUUUGGAGAUGAAAGAGCUUUUUAAAAAGCUGGUGCAAAAGGAGCAAGAAGAACAGGAGAGGAAGCAACGAGAAGUCGAGGAGGCUAAGAAGGCGGCAGAGGAAAGGAGGGAAGGAGAGAAGAUCUGUGAGGAAGAAGCGAGAGAGGUACGUUUGGAAGCUACUAUAUUGCGUAUUUUGGCGCAGAAGCGAGAAUCCCUGGUAGCUGAAGUCAAGCUAGUGCAUGGCGAUGAUUCAAGAAAACCGUCACCAAGAUCCAAGGCGCGCUUGCUAUGCGAGAUUAGGGGCUACAUAGCGGAGUCAGAGGACGACAGCGAUGAAGUAAGACUGGAAGUGGAUAAGUUGGUGGAGGUGCUGGAAGCUAGAAAGAAGGGAGGAAGAACACGGUGUGUGAGAUGUACUGAUGACUUGAAGACAACACUCACUAAAGUUGUGGCCGCGCUAAGCAAGACGGGAGAUACGAUCGUGGCAAGGUGCUACGACAUCAAGGACAUGUUCGCAAAACUUCCUCAUGAAGACAUCGUCUCAUCAGUCGCUUGGCUCAUAGGGAAUCUUAGGCGACGUGGUCUCGUUGCGGUUAAGGCGGCGACGAAGAAGAAGAAGGCAGCGAAGAAGGCGGCGGCGAAGAAGAAGAAGAAGAAGAAGGUGGCAGCGAAGAAGGCGGCGAAGGCGGCGCAGGAGAAGGCGGCGAAGGCGGGGAAGAAGAAGGCGGCUGAGAAGAAGAAGGCGGCGAAGAAGAAGAAGAAGAAGGAAGAAGAAGAGGAAGAGGAAGAAGAAGAGGAAGAGGAAGAGGAAGGGGAAGAGGAAGAAAAAGAGGAAGAGGAGGAAGAGGAAGGAGAAGAGGAAGAAGAGGAAGAGGACGAGGAGGAAGGAGAAGGCGGCGGAGAAGGCGAAGAACGCGAAGAACGCGAAGAACGCGAAGAAGGCGAAGAAGGCGAAGAACACGAAGAAGGCGAAGAAGAAGAAGGCGGAGAAGAAGAAGAAAACGAAGAAGAAGAAAAAGAAGAAGAAGAAGAAGAAGAAGAAGAAGGAGGAGGAGGAGGAGGAGGCAGUAAAGAAGGAGGAGGAGGAGGAGGAGGAGGAGGAGAAGAAGAGGAGGAAGAGGAAAAAGAAGAGGAGGAGGAAGAAGAAGAAGAAGAAGAAGAAGAAGAAGAAGAAGAAGAAGAAGAAGAAGAAAGAAGAAGAAGAAGAAGAAGAAGAGACCCGCCAAAACACAGACUGAGAACACACUGCUGAUUUCUGGGAUUUGCCGCUGGAAUGGAUGCCUUGCUGAGAUUCCCGCAUUCU